AUGUCUUUCACCGCCCCCUCCAGAGCAUCCACCAAUCCUCAAAUCCACCCUGCAGUACUAUGGGAUCCCUACGCCACUCUUGGGAUCGAGCGCGACCAACGCUGUGUUGGAGUGGCUACCUCCCAAAAUCGGAAAUGUCGUACUGCGCUCGCUUAUGCGAAUGCCAACGAUAUGCAGAAGCUCCUCCGCAAGCUCUCAACCCGCCAGCCUGAUCCAGACGCAUUAGAUCCAAUCCUAUCUCGUAUUGCCGGCUAUGGCUUAUGUAGGAACAAGCGGAAUAAGCACCAAGAGCAGUGCGAUACCGUUGUACAAAGUUGGAAAAACAAGAUCCUAGAGACUUAUCCC